CCAUGGGGGCCUGGCCUGGAGGAGGAAGGGGAGGAGGAGCGUCUGCAGCAGACAAGUGAUAUUAUGUGCUGCGAGUGGCUGAGAUGCUGUGGGAGAGGGGAGCCCAGGCCCCGCACUGUCUGGUUGGGGCACCCCGAGAAGAGGGACCAGAGGUAUCCUCGAAAUGUCAUCAACAAUCAGAAGUACAAUUUCUUCACCUUUCUUCCUGGGGUACUGUUCAACCAGUUCAAAUACUUUUUCAACCUUUACUUUUUACUUCUCGCUUGUUCCCAGUUUGUUCCUGAGAUGAGACUUGGAGCACUCUACACCUACUGGGUUCCCCUGGGCUUCGUGCUGGCCGUCACCAUCAUCCGCGAGGCGGUGGAGGAGAUCCGAUGCUACAUGAGGGAUAAGGAAGUCAACUCCCAGGUCUACAGCCGGCUCACAGCAAGAGGGACAGUAAAGGUGAAGAGUUCCAGCAUCCAAGUUGGAGAUCUCAUCAUUGUUGAAAAGAACCAGCGGGUCCCUGCUGACAUGAUCUUCCUGAGGACAUCAGAAAAAAAUGGGUCUUGCUUCUUGCGGACGGAUCAGCUGGAUGGGGAGACAGACUGGAAGCUGCGGCUUCCCGUGGCGUGCACGCAGAGGCUCCCCACGGCUGCCGAUCUUCUUCAGAUUCGAUCGUAUGUAUAUGCAGAAGAGCCACAUAUUGACAUUCACAACUUUGUGGGAACUUUUACCAGGGAAGACAGCGACCCUCCCAUCAGCGAGAGCCUGAGCAUCGAGAACACGCUGUGGGCGGGCACCGUCAUCGCAUCGGGUACUGUGGUGGGUGUCGUUCUCUAUACCGGCAGAGAACUCCGGAGCGUCAUGAAUACCUCAAAUCCCCGAAGUAAGAUUGGCCUCUUUGACCUGGAAGUGAACUGCCUCACCAAGAUCCUCUUUGGCGCUUUGGUGGUGGUCUCGCUGGUCAUGGUUGCCCUUCAGCACUUCGCGGGUCGUUGGUACCUGCAGAUCAUCCGCUUCCUCCUCCUGUUUUCCAACAUCAUUCCCAUCAGUUUGCGCGUGAACCUGGACAUGGGCAAGAUUGUGUACAGCUGGGUGAUUCGGAGAGAUUCAAAGAUCCCUGGCACCGUGGUCCGCUCCAGCACGAUUCCUGAGCAGCUGGGCAGGAUUUCUUACUUACUCACAGACAAGACAGGAACUCUUACCCAGAAUGAGAUGGUUUUCAAACGGCUGCACUUGGGAACAGUGGCCUAUGGCCUCGACUCAAUGGACGAAGUACAGAGCCACAUUUUUAGCAUUUACACCCAGCAAUCCCAGGACCCACCGGCUCAGAAGGGCCCCACGGUCACUACCAAGGUUCGGCGGACUAUGAGCAGCCGUGUGCAUGAAGCUGUGAAGGCCAUCGCGCUGUGCCACAAUGUGACUCCUGUGUAUGAGUCCAACGGUGUGACCGACCAGGCCGAGGCCGAAAAGCAGUAUGAAGAUUCCUGCCGCGUGUACCAGGCGUCCAGCCCAGACGAGGUGGCCCUGGUCCAGUGGACUGAAAGUGUGGGUUUAACCCUGGUGGGCCGAGACCAGUCUUCUGUGCAGCUGAGGACCCCUGGCGACCAGAUCCUGAACUUCACCAUCUUGCAGAUCUUCCCUUUUACCUAUGAGAGCAAGCGCAUGGGCAUCAUCGUGAGGGAUGAAUCAACUGGAGAAAUUACGUUUUACAUGAAGGGAGCGGAUGUUGUCAUGGCUGGCAUCGUGCAGUACAACGACUGGCUGGAGGAAGAGUGUGGCAACAUGGCCCGAGAAGGGCUACGGGUGCUCGUGGUGGCGAAGAAGUCUCUAGCAGAGGAGCAGUAUCAAGACUUUGAAGCCCGCUAUGUCCAGGCCAAGCUGAGUGUGCACGACCGCUCCCUCAAAGUGGCCACUGUGAUCGAGAGCCUGGAGAUGGAGAUGGAGCUGCUGUGCCUGACGGGCGUGGAGGACCAGCUGCAGGCUGACGUGCGGCCCACCCUGGAGACCCUGCGCAAUGCUGGCAUCAAG